AUGAAUUACGAAAGGGCUAAGGGCCCCGCCAUCGUUGGGGGGGCGUUUUUUGGUGAAAUGCCCCAGAUCGUCAAGAUCAUAGCAGCGAAGAGUGGCGAAGGGAUCAGCAUCACUGGCACUGUUCUUGAACUUACUGCAAUACUCGUUAAUGUAGCUUAUAACUUCGUUAAUGGAUACCCUUUCAGUUCCUAUGGAGAUGGAGUCUUCCUACUGAUACAGACUGCUAUAAUUGGAGCUCUGGUGUACCACUAUGGAGGAUCAACAGGAAGUGCCAUAGCCUUCUUUGCUACUGUAACAAUUUUGACUGGUCUAUUGUCAUCUGGUUUUGUUGCAUUGAAAAUUCUAUGGAUUCUGCAAGCAUGCAAUAUUCCUGUUGUAUUUGCAGGAAAGAUGAUACAGGCCCUUGCCAACUACAGGAACAGCAGUACAGGACAACUGUCAGCAAUCACUGUAGCAAUGCUCUUCUUAGGCUCCAUGGCCCGUAUCUUCACCUCGAUUCAGGAAACUGGUGACCAAAUCAUCAUUCUCACAUACUGUGUUGCAACCUUUGCCAAUGGUGUCAUCAUGGCACAGCUGCUGUACUACUGGAAUGUGCCAGUUAAAACAAAGAAAGCAUAAUACAGUAUUUUAAUAGGAUUUAUUCAGUAGUAACAUACUCUAGUGUAGGUUUUAUCUUAAAGAACAAAAAGGCACAAUACUGUGACUGAAACAAUACACAAAUAAAUCUUAUGACGACGUUUCGGUCUUACAUGGACCAUUUACAAGUCGGACCGAAACUGUCGUAAGUCUCUCCUGUGUGUGGGUUAUUUGUGCAUUGGUUUUAUCCCUUGUAUAGUCUGAUCCAUGACUUUUUGCCAACCAAUCCUUAAUUUGCCUUAUGUCUUGUGUAUAAGUCAACUCUAGUGUUUGAGAGACAGAACAACAUUCUUUUUUUACUUGUUCCCUUUUGCUGUGUAGUGUCAAAUAACCUACAUGAAUUUAGCACUUUAAACGAAUAAAAGUAAAAUACUCUCCAUGGCUUCCUCUCUUAUAAGCUGCAGUAAUUUGUGCUAACAGUAUCUACACUCAGACUGUUAGAGAGAAGAAUCAGUCUCCUACCAAGCAGUACUGCAGAGGAAAAUCAGUCUCCUACCAAGCAGUACUGCAGAGGAAAUCAGUCUCCUACCAAGCAGUACUGCAGAGGAGAAUCAGUCUCCUACCAAGCAGUACUGCAGAGGAGAAUCAGUCUCCUACCUGGCAGUGCUGCAGAGGAAAAUCAGUCUCCUACCAAGCAGUACUGCAGAGGAGAAUCAGUCUCCUAUCUAGCAGUGAUCAACUAACAUAGUACUGCUAAUAAGUAACAUAGGGGGGGAGGGCCUCAUGACAACUUAUAGUAUUUUGAAGUGUAAAAUCAAAUUUAUUUUUAUAUUUUUGGUGGAAUGUGGGUGUUCAAUGUGGUUUUUACCUUUGAUGCUUCUAAACAAAUUAGUAUGGUAGUCCCAACAAGCAUGAAUUUUGACCCAAAAAUACUCAAGUAUACCUGGGGGGGUUUUCCAGGUGGUCCAUGGUUAGGCCUCGUGGUGGAUUAGGGCCUGAUCAGUCAGGCUGUUACUGCUGGCCGUACUCGAACCAACAUGUGAACUAAAUAAAUCGCUCUACUACCAUUCUACCUGAAGCACUGGUCUUAAAAUCUGAACUUAAACCCAUUUUGAGUAUAUACAGUAAAAUUAUUUUAGGAUAAAUUAAUAUUGUUAUUGUUAUCGGUGGGAGACGGCCGACUUGUUGAAAAAAAAAAAUAUAUAUAUAUGUAUAUUUACCUGGGGAACCAUCUAUGCCAUCCCUUUAGCUCAACUCUUGACUAGAGCAUAAAAGUUAAUACCUAAUGCAUGCUAAACUCAAAAAGUUAUAAACUUUCCCAUUGUCAAGUGAGGUUGUGAUAUAAUAGAAGCAUUCCAAGUACAAUUUACACAGUUGCUGAAAUGCAUCCAGAUUCCAUUGUUUUAUAACUUUUAGGGUAUUUUUAAAUGUUCUACAGUUUGAAAAAAUACUUAGCAGUAUGCCACCAGCAGAAAUUUAUUAUUGUAUAAAGAACGAUGAGGCACAAUACCAGGACUGAAACAAUACACAAAUAAACUGCACAAAUGAGAAAGAAACUUGGGGCAACUUUUCAGUCCAACUUGGAUCAUUUAGAGUGAUUAAUUAAUUGUCCAAGCUGGUCCGAAAGAUCGUCAUAAGUUUAUUCCUUGAGUGUGCAGGUGGGAGACGGCUGACUUGUUGAAAAAAAAAAAAAAAAAAAAAAAAAAAACUGAGUCCCCUCAAAAAAAAUUAGUUUGUUAGCUAUCAGCUUGUGGCCCAUUCUGAGUUGGGGGUUCCAUUUUUUUUUUUUUUUUUUUUUUUUUUUUUUUUUAAGUAAAUUUCGUAGCAAUGCUAAAUCCUUUGACAUUUCCUGAGAUUAUGAGGGUGAAUUUUAAGUUUGGGAAUAAGCCUAAAAAUGUAAAAAAAAAAAUUCAAGAAAUACUGUACUUAGACAUAUGCAUUUUUUAGAUAUAAGUGAACAGUAUUAUUGUAUAUUGCCUACUCUCAGGUGUACUUUUUGUAGACUUCCAGAUGCCCAAAUUUCACGCACACUGAAAUAUGAACAUACGUAUAUCCUUUUAUCACCAGGGUAUUGUUAGCUACUGUAACACUGGCUAUAAUUCUGUAAAAAAAAUUUUAAUCUGCUGUUCAGUAGUAAAACAAAUAUAUAAUUUAAAUCAAAAUCUUGUUACCAUUUUUACAAAUAGAAACAGUUUAAUAAUUUUGUAUAAAGUUAUAAAAUAUAAAAAUAAUUCAUGAGAAGGUGUGACUUUUGGUCACCAGUCUGCUGGUGGUGACUGAGAACUCGUGGACACUGUUGACUGCUGGAAUAUUGUUUUAGUAAUGUCUCGUAUGUAAAGACUACUUGCACACCAGAGGUUUGAUGCAUUUUAUGAAUGUAAUAAUAAUGAUAAGCUCACACCCAUGCAACUGUUAUCUUUGUCAUGUAGCAGUGUGACUGGCACUUGUUUGACCUGACAGUUAUCUUUGUCAUGUAGCAGUGUGACUGGCACUUGUUUGACCUGACAGUUAUCUUUGUCAUGUAGCAGUGUGACUGGCAUUUGUUUGACCUGACAGUUAUCUUUGUCAUGUAGCAGUGUGACUGGCACUUGUUUGACCUGACAGUUAUCUUUGUCAUGUAGCAGUGUGACUGGCACUUGUUUGACCUGACAGUUAUCUUUGUCAUGUAGCAGUGUGACUGGCACUUGUUUGACCUGACAGUUAUCUUUGUCAUGUAGCAGUGUGACUGGCACUUGUUUGACCUGACAGUUAUCUUUGUCAUGUAGCAGUGUGACUGGCACUUGUUUGACCUGACAGUUAUCUUUGUCAUGUAGCAGUGUGACUGGCACUUGUUUGACCUGACAGUUAUCUUUGUCAUGUAGCAGUGUGACUGGCACUUGUUUGACCUGACAGUUAUCUUUGUCAUGUAGCAGUGUGACUGGCACUUGUUUGACCUGACAGUUAUCUUUGUCAUGUAGCAGUGUGACUGGCACUUGUUUGACCUGACAGUUAUCUUUGUCAUGUAGCAGUGUGACUGGCACUUGUUUGACCUGACAGUUAUCUUUGUCAUGUAGCAGUGUGACUGGCACUUGUUUGACCUGACAGUUAUCUUUGUCAUGUAGAAGUGUGACUGGCACUUGUAUUACUGCAGUAUUACUUGUAGUACUGCAAGAUUGGUAAAUAUAUUUCAGUACAGUACUGUAUGCUUUUCAUUAGCAGAAUAUAUGCAUUAUUAAUUCUGUAAUACUGUAUUUAUUCAUCUUUAUUUUUAAAGGUGCUAAUAAUUUUUUGUGCACCAAUGAGUCUUGUAAGAGACAUUUAUCUCGUAAUUUUUAGACAUAAGGUGUUAUCAUUUUCUAGUCUGUACUAUGACAUUGAGAGACAUAUUUUAUACUAUGUGUCUUUCAUUUAAUAUUGAUUUAUAUUAGCAACAUUUCUUUAAAAAAAUAUUUUUAUAUACUGUAGUGUAUUUUUUAUUGUUUAAGGGAAAGACAAAGGUGUAAUUGUUUGUGUAUAUAUUGUUAAUUAUGGUAAAAUUUAAUGAAAAAAGUUUACUGAC